AUGUACACACAUACUAGUGGCGAAGAUCCCGAAAAUUCCUCCAAUUUUAUCAAAAAUUUUGUGGAAAUCUUUAAGGGAAUUCUUGGCAAAAUCAUUGAUAAUAAGUUUACCGAGAAAGAACAUAAAGAAUUUAUCGAGGCCGCGAAAAGUAUUGAUAUAAACAGCCUGAACGCAACUUUCAAAAAUCUCUAUGAUUUCCCUGGAGAACAUCUACGCAUUAAAGAAAAAUCAGAACAGAUUUAUGAGAUUUUGCUUCGAAUAGAUGGUUGCAAUCUCGACAAAAAGUGUUGGGCUCCUGAAUGGAACACACUAUGCAGAAGAUAUAAAAAUCUAAUGAUGAACUCGAAAGAAGAUGCCAGGACGUUAUCUACUUAUUCCAGAAAUCACGUCAAAAAAACACUUCCAAUUUUGAAGAGUAAUAAAAUUUCCAAGGCCGAAAAAGAAAACCAUAUAAAGCGAAUCAGAAACUUUAUUGAAAAGAAUAAAGAAAAGGCCAAAAAAAACUCUGUAAAUUUUGAUCAAUACAAACGGGAUGUUAUUAAGUUCAGCUUUGGUUACGUUGGCAUUCUUGUUGCCGGCGCAUAUCAAGUACCUCUUGCGCUUACUGUACUCAAUAAGAUUGGAUGCGGAACCACUCUAGCUAAAAUCGUAUGCGGAACCGCUCUAGCCGGGACUAGUUAUGGUUGUUCCUACGCAGCUUGUAAAACAAGAAAUUCAGUCAUUAAAAAUGAGCUCAAGGAAAAACAAAUUGUACUUUACAAACAGAUUGAAAAGGCAUCUGCAUGGUCCGAACAAAUUAUAGAAUCAUUAAAUAAAUUUGAAGAAAUUGCAGAUAUUAUUUCUUCAUUUUGGGAAGUUAUUGAUUCAUGUUUGAACGACUUUUUGAAUGAUGAAUCGGUUUAUGGUGAUUUUUUGAAUAGUAUUCCACAAGAUGAGUAUAAACUUCUUGAAGAUUGCUGGAAUGUAUUUGCCGUUAGUUUAGAUAUAUAUGUUUCUGAGGUGACUAAAGUUAAGGUUAAGGAGAGUUGA